AUGGCAGGACCAAAUCCAAUCGACUACUUCGCAAUCCGCAACACAAUCGCCACCUACUGCGUGGCCUUGGACACCCAAGACUGGCAACUCCUCCGGAAGGUCUUCACGGAGGAUGUAGAUGCGACGUACCCGUUCAGCGGGCAGAUUCGGGGGGUGCAGAAGGUGGCGGAUGGGAUUCGGAAUAGAUUAACCCCAAUAACAUCCCAACACGCCCUCACAACCCAAACGAUCGAAAUCGCCAAGGACGGCAAGACGGCCACGGCCACGACGUACUUCACCGGGAUCCAUUUCGGCAAGGGGAAGUGGCAAGGCCAGCAGGUUACGGCGUGGGGCAAGUAUGAAGAUGUGUUGGUUUUGACUGAUGGGGAGGGGAUUCCGGGGUCUUCGGGUCAUUGGCUUAUCAGUAAAAGGGUUGUUGGGUUUAUGGGACGGCUGGGGGAGGAGGGUGUUAUGAGGGGGGAGGAUGGUUGA